AACGCAACGGUUUGUGCCACGCGAUUGAAGGCGGAUAUUCACUGCAUUUGAUUCGACUCGAUUCGAUUCGUUUCGUUUCGUCUCGUCUCGUUUCGGAUCGUCUUGCCUCACAACUCGAACUCGAAUGCGAGUCCUCGAAAUCUGAAAUCUCUGCGAUAUCGAAACUGAAAAUCACGAGAAAUUCAAACGCUGCGAAAACCGCGGUGAAACGGUCGCGAUCGCGAUCGCCAAAUUGCAAUUGUGGCUGGCUCGUCCUUAAGCGCCCAACGCCCCACGUCCCAUGCCACCGCCCGCCACCCUCGGAAAGUCGUCCCCUCACCGCGCCGCCUAACAAAUUAACCUCCGUUAACCCCCGGGAAAUUCAAAACGCGUCGCGUCGGGAAACGCGUGCCGCCGCCGCCGCCAAUUGCAUCUGUUGUUUGUUGUUUUUUUCGGUUGAGUGUGUGAGAGAGUGCCAUCUAUAUUGCAUUGUUGUUGUUUCUCUUUUUGGGGUUUUUCUCAAUUGACAAGAAAAACACGAAAACAAAGAAGGCGAGAGACGUACAAGUGAAACGUAAACAAUGAAAAGUGAGACGACGGCAGGCGGAAAAGUGAAAUCCAGUUGAUUGCAGUUUGCAGUCGGCAGCAGCUGCGGAGCGAAAGCGAAAAGCUUAGCAUACUCUUGGGCCUGCCCCAAUAACUCAGCCCAGGCACCACGCACCGCGCAAAAGUCAAAACUCAAACUCAAAAGUUUUCUGUGUCGCCGCGUAGUGAGCGGCCACGCCCACGUGCUCUCGAAAAGAAGGCGGCAGGCGCUAAGUAGCAGGACUCAAGGAUCCAAGGACGGGUCCGAUCCCAAAAAUCGAGCAUACGGAAAAACGUUAAAACGUAAAGACCACAAGAGCUCUGCAGUCGGGCAAAAAAAAAAAGAAUAAAAUAAAGCGAGAGGAGAACGACGCCAAGCAAGAGCAAGAAGCCAAGGUAACUGCAGCCGGAAUUAACACAAAAGCUACCAUAAACCGAAUCACGUUCCUGAGAAACAGACUUGGCAAUACGUAAGGUGACCAAACACCAAGAUGUCGACACAUUGGAUCAUUUUUCUGGGCAUUUUGUGUCUGCUCGCAGGCUGCACGGACGGCGCCUCGAAGCGCUUCUUCACAGACUUCCUGCAGGACCUGCCGACGCCCGGAACCGGAGGACCCACUUUCGACACGACCAUUGGCACGAACAUCACAGGACUCGUGGGCAAGACGGUGAAGCUGACCUGCCGCGUCAAGAAUUUGGGCAAUCGCACGGUGUCCUGGGUGCGACACAGAGAUAUACACCUGCUCACCGUGGGCCGCUACACAUACACCUCCGACCAGAGAUUCGAGGCGAUGCAUUCGCCGCACGCCGAGGACUGGACAUUGCGUAUACGCUACGCGCAACGCAAGGACUCCGGCAUCUACGAGUGCCAGAUAUCGACCACGCCCCCAAUUGGACACUCCGUCUACCUGAACAUUGUUGAACCCGUCACCGACAUCAUCGGCGGCCCCGAACUGCACAUCAACCGCGGAUCCACCAUCAAUCUGACUUGCAUUGUGAAAUUCGCACCGGAACCGCCGCCAACCGUCAUUUGGUCCCACAACCGCGAGAUCAUAAAUUUCGAUUCACCUCGCGGCGGCAUAUCAUUAGUCACCGAGAAAGGUGUGCUGACCACCAGCCGGCUCCUGGUGCAGAAGGCCAUCACCCAGGACUCGGGACUCUACACAUGCACCCCCUCCAAUGCCAAUCCGACGUCGGUGCGCGUGCAUAUCGUCGAUGGCGAGCAUCCGGCGGCAAUGCAUACGGGCAACAACGGUAACUCCACGGCGACCCAGCCGCCAGUCCUGCUGCCGCUGGUCCUGCUCACCUGCGGCACACUGAUGCUCCUCCAGCUGGUGGCCAGCUGCUCCACCCUCGUCCCGGCCACGCCCCCCGGCCGCAGGAUCGUCCACCACACCAGCACCUUCGCCACAAAGAAGGCAAGCGGACAACGAAGCAACCGGAACUGCCAGGAUCUGCAGGAGUUCGAGGAGUCGCAGGAUCUACGCCGCAGGGGAGUCGAGAGGAGCCCGGUGCCUGGGACAUAGCUCUUCAAUGGAUCGAGAACUGGAAACGCUGCCGAAUUGCCAACUGGAAUCGCAUUUUAGGAUGCCCUCUCUUGCGCUCACCAACCGCCCCUGUUCCUUGAUUCCCUGGUUUUCCGGCUGCCGGCCCUCGAUGAUUUCCGGUAUCCGGUUUCCGGUUUCCGGCUUGAUCCUGCUCUCCAGUCCCACCUGUGGGCCUCCUUCUCCACCGCCACCGGACUUUGUGAGCGGGCUGGAGCUUAUCCUGUUAUCACUAAAUUAAGUAGCCCGACAUGGUCCGCCGUCAAAAACAACACAACAUAUUUAUCAGACUUUUCUAAAACUAACCAAAAAUAGCAAAUGCAACGGGGUAAAAACGGAACAAGUAUGGAUGGACCCCAUGAGAAAUAUUGAGAUAACGAAAUAGCAGAGGUAAGCGGAUGAUUUUCGUAAUGGUGAAUGGUGUCGGGGUCAAGAUGAGCGUUUUUAUGGGGGGCACGUUAAAGGGAAUAACUAAUACACCUUGUAAAUAAAGCCACUGACACGAGAUUUCUCUUCCAUUGAUAAGUAAUUGGUAAUAGGAAAUGAUGACGAGUGCAUGAAUUCUCAUCUACUUAACUUCUUUGGGUUGGUAACAACUUUUACACACACACACGAACACAAACCACAUUCUCUAGUACAAGAAUAAGCUAUAGGUGUCUAAACAUAUUAUGAAUAAAUUGCAAGUGGAUGUUUCGUUGGGAAACGCCGUGCGAUUUGCGGCAAGUUUAAGUACGAUAAAGAUAAUGAAUUUUUUUUGAUAACUAGGAUAAGUUCAAGACUAUAGUAAAAUGUAAGCAUAAUGAGUGGAGUAACCGAAGAAAAAUAGCUAAAACGGAUGGGCAGAUUAGCUAAGAUUAGCAACAGAUUGUUGAAUUAAAUGUGUACAUAUUAAGCAAAUCUGCAUUAAUGGUCUAUGGAUAUUUUUUUUGUUUUUUUUUUUUGGCUACUCCCCCAUAUAUCAGAUCAGAAUAAUCUCUACCUAUACAUAUAUAUAGGGCAUUUUGAUGUGUUUAGGGCUUAAGCGAUAUUAAUUAUUGUUGUAUGUUUGACAAAACGAAACGAGUGGCUAAAACCAAAUGCCAUUGAGAGCAGAUAUUGACAUAGAGAACUAACCAACUAUCCAAUAAAGCGUAUUGCUAAUUCAUCUCGAGUAUUUAAGUGUCUCUCUCUAUCUAUCUCUAUCUCUCUCUAUUUCUCUAAAAACUCUCUCUAACUGACUCUCUCCAAGGAAAUGAAGUAUAGUAAAACCCAGUCACAGACACACAGUAACUGUAACUUUAAGCCCAGCUAGUGGAAUGAUCGAAAUACACUGAAAACAACAAAAAAACAAUACUGAAUCAGAAUCAGACAAAGAAGCAGAAGCAGAUCCGCGAUCCCACCCCAGAGAAAGGGUCUAACCCUAUCCCAAUCCCAGCCCCUAGAGAUCUGGUGAGCCAGGCACUGGAUACUUCUCAUACGUUUUCGCUCCAAAAUGAAACCAAAACAAAAACAAAAACGAAAACGAAAGAUAAUAUGCAGAAUACUCUCCAUACUAAGCGUAAAUAUAUGGAUAUGGAUAUGAAUAUAAAUAUGAAUAUGAAUAUGAUGUACCACUUAGUAUCAUAAACCAUAAUAAAGAUGGAGGAUGGGGCAAAGAACGAAAAACAAAAGGAUAUAUUUUAUGAAUGUGAUGACGUUUAGCAAAUUAAAAAGUAUAUUGAAGACCCUCCCCCAAACUAAAGACCAAGAAAAAUUCAGAAAACCCCAUUAAAGAAUCGAGAAAAAUAAAAUAAAAGCGUUGAAUGUGGCGAGAUUCGGCCAGCCGAAACUAGGAAAGCUCCUUCCAAAGGACAACGAGUCCAAGGAUCAAUAUCAGCAUCAUCCCAACCAGAAUUCAAGAUGCAAUUACCCUUUGCAGGGAGCUGCAAACGCAUUUAAAAGUUGAUGUAUUUGUAAAUGUAUCUGUCAGUACUUUGAUUUUCCUCUCCAUCUAUCCGCAUGCACUAGUCUAAGCAAAACUCAACAAAACAAAAAAACAAGUGUUUAAAUGUUUAUAAGCAAAUUGAAUGUAAUUCAAUAUCAAACCGAAAUAGAUAAAAAAAAAAACAAAGAAAAAAGCGCAUAGCAAAAAUGCAAAAAAUGCAAUAAAAAAGAAACAAAUCGAAACGACAACAAUUUCUAUGUAUAAAAUAAGGUGAAAUAAAGUCCAUGUUGCAGAUGCUAAACCUAUGAAUAUAUGGUAUAUUGUAAUUGAAUGAAUCCGAUAUAAAUAUGUAAAUGAUAAGCGAUAAUUAAAAAUGUGUUGACCCCGUUAUUAUGUUCAUUCGAUAUGUGUAUAUUAAUUUUAUGAAGCUCUUUUUAUCGUUUUUACCCCUUUCUCCGCCAUGGUUUUUAUUUAUCCGUAUUUUAUUUUGUUGUUGUUGUUUGUUUUUUUUGAAAUUUUUCCGCGUGUUUUGUUUUUGUGGUAGAGUUAAUUAAAGAAAAACGCAAACAGAAAGUGCGUGAAGUGCAAAAACAAUUUUAAAGUAAAUAUGUUAAAUACAAUUUUAAGCAUAAACAAUGGCGACAAAAGCAAACAAUUUUAAUGUGGUUAAAUAAGAAAAAUGCCGAAUUCAAUGGAAAAUAUGUGUGUUGUUCCAUUCGAAACGGAACACUUUGAAAUAUUACAAUUCAUAAUAACUACGAGUAUAAUUACGAAAAAAGGGUAAGAGAAUGGCAUCCUACCAUCACGUGGAACAAGAGUUACGGAUUAAAUUGCAUAGGUCUAAGAUCAAAUUAAGGAAGCUAUUUACCAGGCCACACACACACUCACACACAUACCCAAUCAGCAUACAAACUAACAUACAAACACACUCACAACAUUCACACACACACAAACAGUGAAAACCAUGCAAUUUGAGCCGAAAGACGCGGGAGAUUCGAUCAGAAAAACCAAAUAUGAAUUCAA